AUGUCUGACUCCUACACUCUAAACAGUGAACUGCCCUGUCCUGCCCUGCUCUGCCCUGUCCUGCCCUGCGCUGCCCAGCCCAGCCCAGCCCAGCCCUGUCCUGUCCUGCGCUACCCAGCCCAGCCCUGUCCUGUCCUGCACUACCCAGCCCUGUCCUGCCCAGCCCAGCCCAGCCCUGCCCUGCCCCCAGCCCUGUCCUGUCCUGUCCUGUCCUGUCCUGCCCUGCCCAGCCCAGCCCUGUCCUGCCCUGCCCUGCCCUGCCCUGCCCAGCCCUGUCCUGUCCUGUCCUGUCCUGUCCUGCCCAGCCCAGCCCAGCCCUGCCCUACCCAACCCUGCCCUGCCCUUCCUGAGCUGAAGUGGGAGUGUUAG